AUGGCCGAGUCAGCGUUAGCCGAGGCCAGCGCUUUCUCUAUGGCGACAGAUAUCAAACAAGAACACGAACCGACCGGUCUAGAGGGCCUCGACUUCGCUUUGCCGCCAGAACUCGGUUCAAAACGACCCUUCGAGGAGGCCGUCGGCGCCACUGCCGAAACACCGGAGGCCAAACGAGCAAAGACCGAGACCGAAACCGAAGAAGCUUCACUCGAAGAUGGACUUGCACUAUUAGUACAAAAUGCGCUGUCAAAUGUUGGCGACCUGGUCGACCAAUUCACGAGCGGACAUGAAUCAGCCCCAGAACUGCCCGCAUCAGAUCCCAUGGAGGUUGAUACGACAAUACCGCUGCCUGAACCUCCUGCUGUCCGGGCGACAUUUGUAUCGGACCCUCGAAAGUUCAUUCGCGACGCCAAUGCCCAUGCGCUCGGGACCCUUGCCUUGUCGCUCCUACUUGUUCUCGUGCAAUCACCCUUUGAAGAUACCAUCAAACUGGUUCGGGGAUCCGAUUCACAGCAUGAGCAAACGUUCCGCAAGCUCAAGUCUUCUUUUGAGCAUGUUCACGAAAUGUAUUCGUCCGGACCAGUGUUAUCUGCCAACGAACUCGAAUUUCGAGAUUCCGACUCGCGAACUUUUAUCGAACUGGCGAACCUUGCGCAACUGGGAUCAUGGCUAGUUGAUGGAACUCCCAAAGCUCUCUCCGAAGCUGACGAAAACUUUCUCGCCAUGUUCCAGUGCCAACUGUCCGAACUGCCACCUGGAAUGACGGAACUGUAUUUGGGUAUUAAAACGCAGAGAGCAAUAGAGUUCCUCGUUGAGAAGGAGCCAGAAAAGCCGUCAGAGGAAGUUAUUGGAGAGGUUCUGACCCAGGGACUUGUGCAUACCCUGAAGGAGCAGCAUGGCGGAGGAGAUUUGACCUCUGCUGAUCAGAGCUUUGUGUCUUCAGUCCAAACAAGGAAAGAAACGCUUCAAGGGGAGGUAAAGGAAGAGCCAGAGCCAGCGGCGUUAAGGGAGAAACACCCUGCCGAAGACCUAUUACGGAGCUUUUUGGAAUACACCACCGGCCGCCUCAAGUCACUCACAGAUGUAGGCGACAAGUUGGGAAUUACGAUAGAGAUUAGCGACAGCGGGCCACAACCGGAACCGAUUCCGGAAGCCACAGGAGAUGCUGAUUUGGAUUUGGACGACUUGUCAUCGUUCUUUGAAAAGACGGCUUCUGGCCUUGUUCAGAAUGCCCUGGCGGAAUUGAAAGACGAGCCAACAACAACUUCAACAGAGGGAGGAGGAGAAGCUGCAGCCCAGACUGCAAGCACGGAGAAUAAGUCGGAAGCCGCCUCGGCACAGACCAAUGGCAAGGUUGAUCUCACGACGGACUACAAAGAACUCGAGGCUCUCGUUGCAGAAAGCACUUCCAACUACGUCAAGACUACGCUUCACGGACUCUCACCAAUCCCCUACCAACCUACCGUUCCCACUAGUACCACUGAGAGCAUGGCUGCUCAACCACCUUACCAGACACCAGUACAACAUCAUCAAGCACAACAUACAUAUUACCCCUACAAUCAGCCACCUCCCGAGCCGCAGCAACCUCCCUUGCCUGGUGAGAACCUACCGCCGAACCAGACGUUCCCCAGCGCCAUACUCUAUGACAAGGCUCGCCAGGCGGCCCUCUCAAAGUCGUCUGCGCACACUCGAAGAGAAGGCAUCCAUUCAACGCGUCGGCCUUGGACCCAAGAAGAAGAAAAGGCGCUCAUGGCUGGCUUGGACAUGGUGAAGGGACCCCAUUGGAGCCAGAUCCUGACGCUGUUUGGCCAAAACGGCACCAUAUCAGAUAUACUCAAGGAUAGAACGCAGGUACAGCUGAAGGAUAAGGCAAGAAAUCUCAAGCUCUUCUUCCUGAAGACCAAUUCCGAAAUGCCCUACUAUCUACAAGCCGUUACCGGUGAACUCAAGACGCGUGCGCCGACCCAAGCGGCGAGAAAGGAAGCCGAGGAGAGGGCCAGGCUUAACUCUGAAGAAGACCAGGCAAAGCUUCAGGGGAUCAUGGCCCUGGCAGGUGGUCUACAACACCCACCGCAGGGUCGAACACCGGCCAGCCCUGCCAGUGCUGUUGGAUCUGGAGUUGUGACGCCGGCACAGGCAGCUCACGCAGCUUCGUCUGCACAACAUCAUGUCGGGCACCAAGCCAAUGCGGCUGGCCAAGGGGCUCAAGCGACGUCGGUGCCAAGGCCGAUGGCGACUCCGGCUUCUCAAACUCGUCCAGGUGGCCAGGCGAACACGCAGCAAUUGUCACACCCUGUUGCCCAAGCAAACAGCCGACCCCAAGCACAGCUGCCGCCUCAAGUUCCCAGACCACAGGGGCAACCACAACAUCAUCAGCAGGGGCAUCAAUCUCCGCCUCAGCAGACACAGCCAGCACAACAAGCGCAGCAAGCACAGCAACCGACACGAACACCUGCCAUGCCACAGCCAACACCGGACAUACAAGCACAACCGCAGCCGGCUGCCGCCCAGCAGCAUGCUCCGACAACACAGCCCGCGACAACACCUAUCCCGACAAGUACGCCUCUGGCUGCCGCUCCGCCUCAACCCUCAACCUCGCCUGCACAUGCCCAUUCACCGCAAGUAUCUCCGCCAGCUGCUCAACCCGUACCGCAAACCCAACCUGCCCCGACUCCCUCACCAGCACCUCAACAAGACCCGGCCCCGCCUCCGGAAGCACCAAAACCCGACUCCCCAACACAACAAGAGCAAGACGACAACGCAGCGGAAGUAGCUCUCCUCGAAGGUCUGCAAGCCGUUGUGGCACAGAGCCUAGCAUCAUGA